AUGAAAGUGUUAUCUCCAAGCAACGAGGGAUUCAUAUUUCAUGCCGGUGGUAGCGUCAUGGUUGAUACAUAUAAUGACCCAUAUGGAGCUAUAAUAUACGGAUACAAUGAGACAGAAGUUCUGCUCUGGAGACCAUCCCAGACCAAUACAAAUGGACAUUUGGUUUACGUGGGUGGAAAGUGGGGUAACGGGCUAAGUAAUCAAGAAAGUGACGUUGUUGAAGUCAUCGUUAAAGUUAUCGACAUAACAGGCACGCCUUGCAAUGGUACAGAAUUAUGCUCGCCUGAUUGGUCAAAGACUAGAUGCAUUUCUACAGAUUGUCCUAUCCCUCCUGAUAUUGACAAUGCUUAUAAAGUUUAUGAAGGAGUGACUAAUGGUAGCAAGACGUUGUACUCUUGUAAAUCAGGAUACACUGAAAGUUCAGAUGACGUCAUAAUUAACUGUGUAGAGGGUACAUGGUCUUUAACUUCAAUGUUCUGCAGAGAAUCUUGUCCUGAGCCACCCGCCAUUGCUAACGCUGACGUCAUGGUCUCUGAGAAUGUUGCUUUAUACUCCUGUCGUCAGGGUUUUCUUCCAAAAUCUGGAACCAACUCAAUAAACUGCUUACAAUCUGAGUGGCAGAAAACAAACCUCAUCUGCUAUGGUUUAAGUGGUUUGAUACCUUGA